AUUACUCUUAUUUAAAAUUAGAGGAAUUUCCUUUUUAAUUGCCUAAUUUUUACAAAAUGGAGGAAUAGGAAAAUAAAAGUAAGGUUGAAUGUUAUGUACUGGUGGAAUUAGCGGAAUAAUUUAUUUUUCUUUUCUCUCUUUUGUUGCAUUUUGCGUCCAAUUAGGUUUUUCGUCUGAAAUGUUUGUUUGGUUGUUGAGAAAAUAGAAGAAAGUAAUUGAAAUAAAAUUGUUGGAUUCUGUGAGGCAUGGUAUUGUUCUGUUUUUAGAAGGGGCGGAAAUUUUGGCCCUGCAUUAUCAGGCCACUAUAUAUCUUGGCUAAUACUUCUGCGUAGAACUGGAAUUGGAAUUAGAAUUAGAUUGGUUAUGAUAAACUUAGUCCAACAGCUAUGUUAGGCUUUGUCGCAAAGUUUCAAUUUUCGUUUUCAGUUUUUUGGUGGCCCAAACAAUGGGAAAAAUUGAGCAUUGAAAAUAGCCUUUCUUUCCUUACUAUCUUUUUCUCAGCAUAUACUUGCAGGAUAUUUGUUUUAUUGGAAAGGGAAUGAUUUGUGUUUUUGUGGUGACAAUGUGGUUAUGCUUUUCUAAUAUUCUUCUUUAUGCAUAUUCUAGGCUUAAUUAGGGCAAUGGUAGAAUUGCAAAUGUAAUGGUUUUGGUAAUAUAUACAUAAAAUUGGACAGAAAUAUGAUUGAAUGUAUAUUAUGCUUUAAACAAUGAGAAAAAAGAAGUAAAAGAGUUACAAAGUGAAGGAAUGGACAAAUAUUGGAUUUAAUUCACCUGAAUAUGAUUGCCAGUGGUGGUUUAGUAAAGUCAAGCUUUCAUAAUUUACCUAGGAUCUGUUAGAUUAACCUUUGUUUAAUUUGGUGCGAGGUUAACUCUUAACAUCUUUUGGCUUUUGCUUAAAAGUAUGAGUGGCUUGUGUAGUAAUUCUUUGAAUAUUGUUGACCAUUUUGGUGUCAUUAAAUUAAGAUUCAGGGUUGAAAAGAAUAACGAUGGUAUCAUUAUUCACAAAGUGGCCCUCCCUUGGAGGUUCCCCAUCAUCAAAAAAAAAAAAAAGUAUUGGUACUUCAUGGGUGGACUUAUAUAGUAAGCUUUAGAAGUUGAUUUUUGGAUAAUACACAUUCUUUGGGCUUCUGGUCAUUAUGCCCCAUCUGAUAUUAUUUGCUGGGAUGAAUAUGAUAUUUUGGUAAAGUGGGAGUCCGUCCCAUUUGGAGGGAAAACAUUGUUGCGAUGCUCUCUAUUUUCAACUGCAAAUGUGCUGAGUGAUGGGUGUUAGUUUCUUGUUUGUUUCAAUGUUAUACUUUUUGCAAGGCUUGUCCCCAUGUGCAGGAUGGUAUAGUUUGCAACAGUUUGAUCCUUCAAAGAGACAAAUUUACAAGAUGGUGCCAAACCGGUGGAUGCUGGUGGCUAUCGUGCUGUUGCAUUUUCAUAUGGGAACACUGAUGAGUCGACUGAGGAAAAGAAUAAUGACGCUGAUUUUGGUUUUCAUCCACCCUUUCAAGUACCGGAGAGCUUACUUCAAAACCUAGUAAGUAUCUGCCCUUGUAUAUCCUGCGACCCUUUGCUUUUAUUAUUAUAAUCUGGAUAUUGGUGUUUUUUGGAUCUUGACCAGUGUGGCCAAAUGAUAAUUGUCUAAGGUGCAUGUGGUAUUCUAAGGCUUGUGUCUAAGUUUCAGAUGCACGGAGCAGAGACGGAGUUCUUGUGACCCAAGGUUGCCAUCCGGGCACCUUGUUUCCUUUUGAUCUCAUGACAAAUGGGCUGUGCAGCCAUCAACAGAGAAGGUACAUCAGAUCAUUGCAAGAACUGCUAUGUUUGUUAGUGAACAUGGUGGGCAGUCAGAAAUUGUUUUGAGGGUCAAACAGGGGGACAACCCAGCAUUUGGGUUUUUGAUGCCUAAUCAUCAUCUCCAUGCCUACUUUCGGUUUCUUGUUGAUCACCAAGAACUUCUCAAGCCUGACAGUGGUGGCAAAUCUCUAGUAGAAAAGGACAAUGCUGAGAGUGGGCUCAAUCAGAUUGGUGGUGCUUUGUCUAUUCUUGGUUCUGUAUACGGGUCUGCAGAGGAUGAGGAUGGUGCAACUGAGGAUGUUCAUGAAUCUAAGAGAAAUGAAUCUGAGGAAGCCGUUGAUGUUGGUAAUGCAACUGUUUCUCAUGGAUCUGAACAGGCAGAUUCUCCUGUUAAUGUGGCUGGGAAAGACAAGGUAGUUGCGAAGGGUUCAGAUUCUAUUUUGAAAGAAAAAUCUCCUAUCAUAAAACGGAAUCGAUUCAUCAGUACAGUUGGAACUACAAGUGGGAUUAAAAAAGAAGGUGAUGCCUUGAGUGCACUUUCAUCUGCUGGAGACAAGUCACAGGCAUCUUUGCCGAGUAUGUCCAAGGUUGAACCACCUAUUGUGGAGCCUUCAUCUGAUUUAAAGAGAGUGGUUGACAAGAUAGUUGAGUUCAUUCUGAGAAAUGGUAAAGACUUUGAAGCUGUUCUUGUGGAACAGGAUAAAAAACACGGAAGAUUUCCAUUCCUCCUGCCAUCUAAUCAAUAUCAUCCUUAUUAUUUAAAAGUUCUUAAGGAAGCUCAAGAGUCUAAGCUACCUGGCAAGGGCUCUGUUUCUGAGAAGCAUGAUUCAAUGGGGCAUGGGGUGGACAAGAAAACGGCUCUAUCAAAAGAAGGUGAUACUCUGUCCGGAGAAUCUGCUGGUCAUGAUAUACCAUAUAAUUAUGACAGGAAGGAGAAGUUUAAGAUGAAACUUGGCAAGUCAAAAAAGGAUGGGCAGGAUCCGCCUUCCAAAGCCACUGAGCCACAAAUUGAUGCAGUUUCCGCUGCAGCAAUUCUUCAGGCUGCCACAAGGGGCAUUAAGAAUCCUAGUUUCGAAUUUUUUCCUAAGACAUCAUCAAAUGGUAUUGGUCAUGGCCCUAGCACCGAGGAUGGGCAUACAUCAAGCUUUGGGAGUCUCCAUUCAUCUCAAGCUCCAAGUUCCACUUCAAAGCCGGAUCCAAGUGUUUCUGUCCCUGUUGCCAAGGCUAUUGCAGAGACAGCUGCUAUUGCAGCUGCAAGUGAGGCCGACUCCUCUGAAGCAUGCUUGACAAGAGAGCAGCAGCUGAAGGCGGAGAGAUUGAAACGGGCAAAGAUGUUUGCAGUCAUGAUAAAAGGUGGAGCUGCACCAGUGAAAAUAGAACCAUCGCGUGGCUUUUCAGCAGAACCACUGGGGUCUGGGAUUUCUGGAUCAGGUGCUGAAGUUGAAAAUUUUGUUGGCAAAGAAAGAGAAGGCAGUUCAGUUCCAAUGGAUGUUGAUAGUCCAAAUAAGAAUGAGAAGUCUGAAAAGAAAAUUUCUGUUGAUGAGUAUAAUGAACGGCGAUCUAAGAGAAGUUACCGUUCCAGAUCUAAAAGACAAGAAGAAGAGGAAGUAGAGAAAGGAGGAGGAGAAGAGGAGGAAGAUAAGAGGAGUCACAAGCACUCUAGGAAGAAGCACCGAUUGCAUCGGUCAUCACACCGCAGUAGGGACAGGCAUAAGCACAGGAAAAGACAUUCUCCAUCGGAGGUCUCAGAUUCUAGACAUCAUCAGAAGUAUUACGAUGACUCUUUUGAUGACGAGUAUAGGCACUCUCGACGUCGGCAAAAGCAUGAUACUCCCUCCGACGAUGAGUACCGGCAUUCUCGACACCGUCAUAGGCAUGAUAGCUCCUCCGAUGAUGAGCAUCGGCAUUCUCGACGUCAGCAUAAGCAUCAUAGCUCUGAUAAUGGGCUUGAACACCGAAGCAGAUCUGCUAAGAAUGGGAAAUCUCAAUCUGAAAAAGAAGUGGACUUGGAAGAAGGGGAGAUCCUUACAAGAUCAGAUCAAUCGAAAGCUAGUCAGGGUGAUGGUGCUAGUCGAGAAGCUUCUGUUGAAUUAUCAAAAUCCUAUCAAGAUGGAAGGGCCCCAUCUCAGCAGCCCUCUGAAACCACCGAGGUUUCUGAUGAUCUUAGAGCCAAAAUCCGAGCCAUGUUGAUGGCAACCUUGUAAGUAGCACCAUGCAUUUUAAUUUUCUUGGUUUGUAAUGGUAAAAGUUUUGAUGAUUUUAACA